GAGAACCGCGUAAAUCUGAAAUAGCUUGUUUUCUUUUUCUUAUAAAUCUACCCGAUCCUCGUCUUUUUCCUAUCGUUCUUUCCAAUCUUGCAGUUAGGGUUCGUUUGGCCUUACUCUCUCUCUGCCUCAAUUUGAUUCUUGAGCUAGGGAGGGGGGGUUUGUUGAAUAAGGGGGCUGGACUAUUAAUUACAACAAAAAGAACUUGGCUCUGAUGGAGGUUAUUGGGGACGCCCUUCGCCAAGCGUUCAUGCCGAAGCACGAGUACGAGACCCUCCGGGAUGAGGACAAGGCGUGGGGCAAGCUUCAGAGACCUCUCGUAACGGCUUCCAUGGCUGUCAUUUGGCUCCUGGUGAUUAUCUGUACCACUAUCAGUUUGAACAUCGUUUUCCCUAGCGACAGUGGGAAGAGGCCGUUUUGCAGCGACGAGAGGCUUCAGCCUCUGUCUAUGAACGCCAAAGGAGGCGUAGGCGGAGAUUCCGAUCUGUUUCCGGGCGCCUAUUAUCUCACCGACCAGGAGACUGUGGAUUACUACUUGACGGUUGUCUUCUUUCCCUCCAUGCUCAUUUUCUUGCUCUCGGCUCUCUAUCUUGUUACAGGAAUCAUUGUUGCUUUUGCUGCUCCAAAAAGGCAUGAGUGCUUGAAGGUAGUCGAAAAUAAUUACUGUGCUUCAAAAAGAGGUGGGGUUCGUUGUCUGUCUGUGUUGAAUAUCGUCUUUGCCAUCAUCUUUGGUCUUCUUGCAUUAUUUCUUGGAUCAACCCUCCUCACAUUAGGGAACAGCUGCUCUGUACCCCUGUUUUGGUGCUAUGAGAUCGCAUCGUGGGGGCUGGUUAUUCUAUAUGGGGGAACUGCAUUCUUACUAAGAAGGAAAGCAGCUGUGAUUCUUGAUGAGGGAGACUUUAGUGGUCGAAACCUUGGGCUGGAAAUGUUGGAAGCGAAUCCCUUGGAAGUCACACCAGAGGUGGAAAGGCGUGUUAAUGAAGGGUUCAAGGUAUGGAUGGGGUCAUCCCUCCUAUCCUCUGAUGAAGAAGAUGAACCUGACAGUUACCAGGAAGGGCCUCAUGCUAUUCGCACCAAUUCUAACAGGCAAAGAGUGUGAUCUUCAAGUUAGACGUUCUGAAUAACACAUCUUCCUUGCAAUUUCUUAAUGACUUGAGCACUGGGAGUGGAUGGAGUUUUGGAUUAUGCACAAGCUUCUUGAACUGAUGUCAUGCAACGAGUUAAUGCUAUUUGGCUGGGGAUGAAGUCCAUUGUAGAAGGUGUCAUUCCAUUUGUCAACUUAGGUAAUGUAGCUUGUGAAUAACUAACGACUUUUCUUCUUUUUCUUCUUUUUCUUCUUUUUUUGGAGGGCGAUAGGAAAAGGAAAAGGGGGCUCCAAGUCAUGGACAAGCAAGACUUAGUUACCCUUGCUGAGUUUUGUAUCUAGUUUGGAAGAUCACUUAUUACUGAUAAAUACUUGGAACUUGACAUAUUUGUGCUUCUGUCCCAACAUGUCAAGAAUUUAUAGUUGUGUCGUCACAGAAAUGUGGCUUGGUUAUCACUUAUCAAAAAAAAAGAAAGAAAAAAAAAGAAAUGUGGCUUGGUUAUCAAUUAAUUGGUCUUAGGACAGUGCGCGGAGCUAGCUUUGUUUAGCUUGCAGCAUGGUGUUGUGAAUAUUUUGUCCGGCUGCGAAUAUAGGUGGUGGUGAAUGGUGAUGGUAUACAUGCACCGAGGUUUUGUGAUUAAUUUAGAAUGAUUUCCUUACUAUGGAUGUGCAUCAUCUUCAGUCGACAGAGCUCAAGGUAAAAUGCCCCUCCGGCAGAGCAUCUCUUUUUCAAGGAAUUGUUAGUGGGUAGGAUGUUCAACUCACCGUUUGUUGCUUAAAGGAUUGAGUUUUCUUUCGAUGCCAUUCGCUAUUUCUUACUAAAUAUUAGAUUCUCGACUUCAAGUUUGUUGUUUUGUUGUAUUUCUGUAUUAUUUUUUUUAAUGUAUUUUCUGUUGUUUUUUUUGUUUUGGGUUUAUGUCUCCUUGUAUUUUCUUGGUCUUAUCCAGUUGUGGAGACCUCUUAUCCAAUCUUUGUGUUGGUCCCUCUCUCUUCUUCAAUCCCUACUUCGGACUUAGAUAGUGCAUUUACCGCUUCAGCCUCUUUCUAAUAGUUAUUUUUAAGUGGGGGUGCAGAUAUUUGUGCCCUUUUUGUUUCUGUAACUGCUUCGUGCAACCCCGUGAGAUGAUUGGGUCACUUGUUUGAUCAAUUUCUUAACAUUUGUUUGUA